AUGUUCCAAGUAUCUCCCAUUGCCGUAGCUGUUGGUAGCGUUACCAGGUUUAUUGCUGGUGGUACAAUCUAUGGUCCUCUCUUUGGUGAACGAUGGAUGGCAGCUAUGAAGGAAGACAAAGGCACGGAGAAGUGGAAACAACAAGAAUGUUGUCCAAAAUGGAAUUUAGCCAUUGAACUGUUGACGAGUAUUCUUCAGGCGUACGUUACUGGGAUUCUCCUCAAUGUUACCAGAGCACAGGAUUACAAUGAAGCUGCUUUUCUCGGCUUGAUUCUGUUCAGCGGAUGGGUUGUUCCUUACGCCGUAAGCGAACAAAUCUGGGAAGGAAGACCGUUCCUCCUGGCAAAGCUUAAAUUCCUUAAAGGUUUCUUGGAUACCGUCGGACUCUCUGUAUUGAUGUAUGCGAUUGGCGACAACUACUAA